AUGGCGGUGCAAACUUCUCUCGCGCGAUGUUUCCGCGCAACCCCGUCGUCAACGCUGCUUCGCCCGAUGUCGAUGUCGAUGUCAAUGUCUCAAUCCUCCACAUCUUCCUCUCACUUAGCUGUUUGCGGACAAUUAUACCAGAUGUGCCAACGAUCCGGCUUCGCUUCAGACGAUUCGCCUAACUCGACGAAAGCGAAGGAAUCGACGACGCCGGACUCAUCAUCAACCUCACAUUCAAUACUGGAAAAAUUGAACCUUGGAUCCAGCACAACAAUUCCGACCCAGCCGACUACCGGUGACAGUGGUAGUGGCGCUGCUGACUCGACCGCCGACCAAGCAGCGAAGCUCGAAGAGCGCAUGCAAGACAUCAGAAGCAAGAUGCAAGAAUUGACAACGCCAAACAAAGUUUCUCUCCCCGGUCGAUCAUUCUUUGGCCUGCGAGGCAGCAAACCAAGUGCAGAGGCCGAGGCGGAAAGGACGCUAGAAGGCCUAGCGAAAAGAGGAUCACAAUCACAAGAGCAACAGCAACAGCAGCGACCCGAACUAUUGAAAAGGGCACAGAGUUCGUUUUCAUCUUCUCCUUCAAUCAGAGACGUGGACGAAAUCAGUCCUCCGCCAAGAUUAAAACCGAUAGCCAUGAAACUCGGCACAAAAUUGGGUCGUCAGGUCCUGGUCCAGAAUGAAAAAGGCGUUGAUUGCGCUAGUGCACUCCGCACAUUGCAGCUUAGUUGCAAUUCGAAUGGCAUUCGGCGACAGGCUAAUCUACAGAAGUUCCAUGUCAGACGCGGUCAGAGACGUAAGGAUCUCAGGAGUCAGCGGUGGAGGAAGCUGUUCAAGUUUUCCUUUGAGGAGACGGUGAAGAAGAUUCAGCGGAUGCGGGAUCAGGGAUGGUGA